CCGUAUGGCGCCCAGUGGAUGGUGGUUUUCAAUAGCCCUUUGUUUUGCUAAUAGGGUGGCCAAUUUUGCUAUAGAUCCAUAGACACUGGAUAGCCUCAGACACGAUAUUCGAGAACCUUUGGGAGGCACGCUCGCUGCAUACUUUCUACACGAUUUCAAACUCAACGCGGAGGAGGUUAAGGAACCAAUACCAGAAACUUUUUUGCGGAACGCGGUCUAGCUUAUUAUCCCCGGAAAAACCAGCCUCAUAGCAACCAUGGGCAUAAUCUCGACUCUCUCGCGGAAGACCUCGGAUGUCUCGGGCAAGCUGCCAGCCGAGGCAAGGUCCGGGGCGCCCCAGCGAUCAGUCUCGCACAGCAAGCUGUCGAAUGCACUGCCCAACAUGACGGCGGGGGCGGAGCGGGGCAUCAGCUCCCACCCUAACACGCCGCCCAGCGGGUCGCAGCCGCAGCAGCUCCGGAUUCGCACUGAGGGCAUGCAUAUUCCUAAAGCCAGCACAGCAUCAGGCACACAGUCAGCCAGCGUCAAGCCCGCACAGAGCGGGCUGGCCGGGCCGACGCUGAUCAAGCGCAACACCAGCUUCUCGCAGCGCUUGCACAGCCUCCUGCACCGCGACAAGUCGACCAAGUCAACCAAGGCACCGAACCCGCGGCGGCACGUCGAGCAGCCAACAAUCGCCUACCGCACCCCGACGACGCAGACGCAAAUGACCGACCGGUCCGAUGCCAGCGGGCAGCGCUCGGGCACCAACUCACCGCCCAGCGGAUCGCCGCGCAGCACGCAGCACCAGCGCAAGGAGUCGCUGCCCAAGGCGUAUCAUGCACAGCGCAACUUUGAGCCCAUGACCGCUGACUCGAUUUUCGCAAUCAGCGAUGCCAACCUGCGGUCAGUCAACGCUGGCCACGCCCACUGCUCGCCGCCGCCGCCGCCGCCACCACCACCACCGCCACACGACGAUGCGAACAGCAUUGUGCAGGGCACUCAGCAGAUGAGCCUUGAGCCGGUAGCCGAGUCCAGCAGCACCUCGGUGCACACCAUGUCCAGGGAGCCGAGCCAGGCCACGCUGCACCACAACGCAUCGGGCGAGAUCGCACAUGACUCGCAGAUGCCUGCCCGCCAAUCAGCUGCUCAGCUGAGCCCCUCCGGAAGUCCACCUGGAUCCAAACCCGCUGGCGAUGCGCGCACGCAGCUCGAGGGCAAGACGCUGUCCAAGUCGGCCGAGGACUCGAGCCUACGGCACAAGCCCGGCGCACCGGCGGCCCUGAGCCACCCGCACUUUGAGGCUACCAGCACACCUGCGUCGCCGGCUGGCGUGACAGCGCCCAAUCAGCUGCCGCGCUCGGCCACGACGCAGCACAAGAAGCCUGGGCCGGUCUACUCAUCGCACAAGGCCACGCUCAACCAGUUUGGGCGCCAGACCAAGGUCAUCGGCAAGGGCACCGGCGGUACUGUGCGGCUGCUGCAAGGCGUCGACGUUGAGGUGCGGCCGCCAAGCCUGCGCAGCGGGCCGCCGUCGUCGCAUCACGGUGACGAGCCGCACGCUUACACGCCUAGCGAGCACCGGCUGUUUGCAGUCAAGGAGUUCCGCAAACGCCGGCCCGACGAGACGCCCCGUGCGUACAUGAAGAAGGUCACGUCCGAGUUCUGCAUCGGCUCGAGCAUCCACAACGAGAAUGUGAUUGAGACGCUGGAUCUGAUCUUUGAGGGCGAGCGCGUCUACGAGAUCAUGGAGUACUGCCCCCACGACCUAUUUACCUUUGUGGCCAUGGGCGACAUGGACCUUGACGAGACCUUCUGCUGGUUCAAGCAAGUGUGUCAGGGCGUCCAGUAUCUGCACAAGAUCGGCAUUGCCCACCGCGACCUCAAGCUCGAGAACUGUCUGCUGACCGAGCGCGGCAUCGUCAAAAUCAUCGAUUUUGGCUGUGCCACCGUCUUCAAGACGCCGUUCCAGAAGGAGCCCAGCAAGGUCGUCGGCGUGUGCGGCUCCGACCCGUACAUUGCCCCGAGGUCCUGCAGUCGCGCCGCCAGCUGCCAUACUACGCCCAGGUCGCCGAUAUCUGGUCCGUCGGCAUCAUGUACAUGUGCAUGACCCUGCUCAAGUUCCCCUGGCGCAUCGCCGAAAUCGACAACGACCGCAACUACGGCUCGUACAUCCGCGACUGGCCGCGCGGACGUGAGAAGCUGCUGGCGCAGCUGCCCACCCUCCGCCACGACGGCAAGAGCGUCAUUGAGGGCAUGGUGCACCCCGACUCGACCGCGCGCAUGACCAUGGACCAAGUCCUCGACAGCCAGUGGAUGAAGGAGAUUGAGGUCUGCCAUACAAACUGCCCCGCAAAGUCCCACACCCACCAUAUGAAGGCGGAAUAGAUUUUUACCUCUUAGAGCUUUUUUCCUUUCAUCCUGGACUCCCACCGCCCUCCAAACCUGUACUUUUUGAGAGCGGAGGUGGGCUUCGGUUUUCUCUUUCUGGCGAAAGUUACCUUUUCUUCUAUCUCUGUAAACUAAACACGAAAAGUCAAUUUCUCUCGGACACAAUCAUAUUGGCUGCAUAUAGCACAACUUUGACGAUAUGGCUCUGCCGU